GUUUGUGCUUAGUGGUUACAACGCAGAGUCCAGUGAAAGGAGAGAACAGAGGGAAGUUUUCAUUUACGUUCAUUCCCUCUGAUCUCUCCAUUCACACUCGAGAGCUCGACUUCGAAUUUCAAAUCCAUCAAUCAGUUUGGAUCAAAUUUUGCUCAAGUUUUCUUCCUUUUCUUGGUUGCUUAUUUUAGUUGUUGAACAAUGGGGGAUUCGUCACGAUUCCUACCACGCAGCAGCAGUUUCAGACCCGAUUCCAGGCGCUCGUUCGAUUCGAUCCCUGCUCUUCUGUCAUCCUACCGUACUGUGCUGGCUCUCAUCUGGGCCGUCGGGUUCAUCCUGUUAGUAUGCUGGCAGAGGGCGGCCGUCGACAGCUUCUGGGGCCCACCGGUCCGGCACAUCCCCAGGCUACGCUCUCUCGUUUUCAAUCUUACCGAUUUCGGAGCUGUGGGAGAUGGUGUCACUGUAAAUACGAAGGCUUUCGAGAUGGCGAUUUCGGAAAUCCGGAGGCGGGGUGGGGGACAGCUCAAUGUGGAGGCCGGGCUCUGGCUCACGGCGCCGUUUAACCUCACCAGCCACAUGACUUUGUUUCUAGCCGAAAAUGCCGUUAUUCUUGGAAUUGAUGAUGAAAAUUAUUGGCCACUGAUGCCUCCUUUACCAUCUUAUGGGUAUGGAAGAGAACGAGCUGGGCCACGGUACGGAAGUUUGAUCCAUGGUCAAAAUCUCAGAGAUGUUGUGAUAACAGGGAAUAAUGGCACCAUCAAUGGACAAGGUCGGACAUGGUGGACUAAGUACCGUAACAAGCAUUUGAACUACACCAGGGGUCCUCUUGUACAGCUUAUGUGGUCAAGAGACAUUCAGAUAUCUCAUGUGACUCUGCGUGAUUCUCCAUUCUGGACUCUUCACCCUUACGACUGUCAGAAUGUUACUAUCAGAAACGUGACCAUAUUGGCUCCGCUAUCUGGUGCCCCAAAUACUGAUGGAAUAGACCCUGAUUCAUGUGAGAAUAUGUUGAUUGAGGAUUGUUACAUAAGUGUUGGUGAUGAUGGAAUUGCAAUCAAAAGCGGGUGGGAUCAGUAUGGAAUUGCUUAUGCACGACCCUCUACCAACAUUCUGAUACGUAAUGUCGUAGCGCGCUCGAUGAUAAGUGCAGGAGUAUCAAUUGGCAGUGAAAUGUCUGGUGGGGUCUCAAAAGUAACAGUGGAGAAUCUCCUUGUUUGGAAUUCCAAAAGAGGUGUUAGAAUCAAGACAACUGCCGGCCGGGGCGGAUAUGUUCGACAAAUAACCUACCGAAACCUGACACUAGAGAAUGUUAGGGUUGGUAUAGUGAUUAAGACUGAUUACAACGAGCAUCCAGACGAAGGCUAUAAUCCAAAGGCCCUCCCGGUUAUCGAAGAUAUAAACUUUGACAGGAUUCGUGGGCGGGGAGUUCGCAUUCCAGUUCGUAUCUACGGCAGCCAACCGAUUCCAGUAAGAAAUGUCACUUUCCGAGACAUGUUAGUUGGAAUAACUUACAAGAAAAAGCGGAUUUUCCAGUGUUCUUUUGUCCAAGGGCGUGUGAUUGGCAAGAUUUUUCCGAGCCCAUGUGAUAAUCUUGACAUGUAUGAUGAAGCAGGGCGUCUUGUCAGGCACUCGACGUCUCAGAAUAACAUCGAAACAGAUUACGAUUCAUGAAAGGAGGAAGAUCAAGAAGUUGAUGGGAUUUUGCUGCCCUGAUGGACGAGACUUACAUCUAAUGCAGAUCAUUGGCUUCGGCAGGUCGGAGGUUGAAUUGGCACAUUUGCUGAGCUUGAUUCAGUUGAGCUGAUGAGGAAAGAAAAUUUAUCCACCCUGGAUGGAUGGGGGAGGAGCAACAGCCACCUCAAAGCUAAUCUUUCUGUCCUAACAUCAAACCAGGUACUGAGAGUGUCCACUUAAAACACUGGAAAAUUAUGAAAGUUGUCAAAAUUGAGGAAGUCCCAAAUUGCAGAAAUGAGAAGAUUUGUAGUUGUUAGAUUUUGUUUUCAGGAAAACUCAGUUAGAGGUGUAUGUACAGAAGAACAUAUAUGCAUUAGAUACUGUAAUAAAUCCUUAAAGCUAAUACAAGCAGUUAGGGCUGUCAA